CACUCUUCGGCAUUCGCGCGGAGGAGUCUGUGCAUUUAGCGGUUGGGGAUAUCGCCGGUCCCUUACGGAGUGUUGAGUAUCUUGUAGGUGUUAACUCGCGGUCUCUACCCGGUGACGUGCGGGGACCCGGGCAUUCGUGCCGUGAUACAUCGCGAUCUCGUCAAAGCGAUCGAACCGUCGGAGUUGAAACCGGCGUCGGUCUCGGCGCGCGUGCAGGAGAAAAGCCGGUACGCGACGGAGCGACAGAUAGGGCAAAGAGGGUGAGAGAGGGGAAGAGAGAGGGAGAGACGGUCGCGUGUGUGUGUCAGCAGUGAGUACGAGAGCACGAGAGUUUCGUCGAGAGUUGCGCGCAACGAGACAUCGUUCGGAUGCACAUUCGGAUAUCGGAAGAGAAGGAUAUCGAAGAGAUCGAGAAUCUGUAAAGGGGAGAGAUAGGUCUCGGGAGCGCGGCGCGACAAGGACGACGACUCGCGAGCCGGCAUCUUGACGUUUGCUGCGUGCGCCCAGCCGCGCUCCUCCUCUCCCCCGCGUGUGAUGGAUACUGUCGCGAGCGAACCGCGCACGCGACGCCAGCAGCAGACAGAACGUCGAGCCGCACGACGGGUGACGUCGCCGUCGCAGUGAGUUCAACCCUCGCGAGUUCAGUCUCCGCGCGCGUGUUCCACGGCACGGCGACCGGCAGCGGCGACAUAGCGACGACAGCGACAACGCGCGAUCUGUUCGCGACCUGCGAUCCCCUCGCGCAGUAGUGCGUGCGCAUCCGCGGAUACCGGCGGCAGAAAUCGGCUGCUUUCCGUGACCGUCCCUUUAAUCCGUGACUCGCGGCGACGCGUUAUCGUCCCGCCGUCGUACUUUCGCGUCUACUACGGGGGAGGGGAAGUCCUCUCUCCCCGAUGAUACGCACGUGCGCUCGCCGCUACCUGCUGCGUUUACGUGCGUGCGUGUGCGUGUGCUGCUGCUACGCGAUUCGUCGCGAGUAGCCACGGCCGCGUCGCGUUCGGCGCGCGCGUUCACGAGUGCGAGUUCGCGCGAGCGUGUACCGUCUGAACGUAGCUACGAGUGAGUGACGCGAAGCGUCGUCGCGUCUCGUUCGCGUCAAGUUCGGUGCGCUUGAUCCGCGUUGCUCUCGUCGCGCUCGCGUUUGUCAUCGCGUCAUCCUGUGCGGCGCAUCUAUCUGUGUGUGAGAGAGAGGACCGCCGAAGCGGAAGGCCGCCGCGAGGGACGUCGUAAUCGCGCGUAGCCAUGGAUACACUUCUACCGAGCGGCAAUAUAUUUCGGGAGCUGCAGGACAUACACGACACCGGAUACUUCUCGGCCCAGCCAUCGCUCGAGGAUCAUUGGCAACAGACAUGCUACGAGAUGGAGAGGUACCUGAAGGACGAGCCGAAGCUACAUUCGUACAAAAAACUCCCCACGGAGCUGGACACAGCACCCUGGAACCUCUUCAGGGCGCCAUCGAUCUCGUGGACGACGUCCACUGGAACGAGCGCACAAUUCGACCCACCAAUCAAAAUGGAGGUAACGUCGUCAGACGAGAGGGAUCCCCUCUGUUUGGACGAUAUCAAAUUCAGUCCCAGCGAUCAUAACGACAAUGGCCGCGACAGGGAUCUCCUCGACCGUCACCUCGAUUCCUUGUCGAUGUCCUCGGCGAGUUCGGCGUGUUCGGCGCUGUCCUGGGACAGCUCACCCUCUCUCUCGUGCACGGCGCUCAUUCUCAAAAAAGAGCCCGAGGACCUCGAGGAGGAUGAGGAGCACGAGGAGAUCGAGGAGGAGGAAGACAGCGGGUGCGAAAGCGAAGGUCAAAUCCUGACGCCACCAUCGAGUCCUGGGUCGGGUCAAGGUCAUUCCAACUCCAGUCACUCGUCGAGCGGGAGUUCGAUGCUCGACGUGCACAACCUCAACCUUCACGGCACAGGUGGCAGGAGCGCUAUCGUUAGGGUCACCACCAGCAAUGCGCAGGGUGUCGCAAGACUGAUUUCCGUCACGGCGAACGGCUUCCCCGCGGUCGCUGGCACGCAACAUGCGCACGCGGGCGCAACUGCGGCCGCAGCGACCACCGUGGCCAACAGGCAUCACGCGAGGAGCAACGAGCAUAGUCCACCCGACACGAAGCGCAGGACACACAAAUGCCAAUUCCCCGAAUGCGAGAAGGUGUACACCAAGAGUUCGCAUCUCAAAGCUCAUCAGAGGACGCAUACGGGGGAGAAGCCGUACAAGUGCAGCUGGGAGGGCUGCGAGUGGCGAUUCGCGCGUUCGGACGAAUUGACACGCCAUUACCGCAAGCACACCGGUGCGAAGCCGUUCAAGUGCCGGCAUUGCGACCGAUGCUUUUCCCGCAGCGACCACCUAGCCCUCCACAUGAAGAGACACGUGUAAUCAAUCGUCUCCGCGAACGGUCCCGGCCGGGUGUCGCAUGCCGCGCUCGGGACCACCGGGACUUCUUCCUCGUGAAGAUCGCGAGAUCUUCGUCGGGGACCUGCGCGGAGAUUCACGCGAUCCAGCAUCUUCCGGGAGUCAUCUCAGCAGCGCGCUGCAAAUGGAAGGGAAUCGACGAUCGAGGAUCUAUCUUGAUGAACAGACACAUCAGCGGAGAUCUCGCGGAAGUGGCUGCAUCAGGUGGUCGCGAUGAGACGUCGGACUCUGUCAUCGACAUGGGAAUUUGUGCUCUUGAGAAGAUUGAUGAUCAGCGAGACGUCGCUUCGGGGAGCGAGCAAAGAUCGAGUUUGCUAUUUGAGACUAUUUGAAGGAAACGUGAAGAGCAAUCGCGAAUGAUAUGCUUAGAAUGCGGCAUCUUGUCGGUGUCCAAAGAGUCACGCGUGCGCUUUUCCCUCAAAUUGUGUCAACGACCAGGAGCGAGAGCAGUGAGCAAUCAACGACGAUCCUUUUGGAGGACCCCGAAGCGGAAACAGCGAGUAACGAACCUUCAACUGACUGAUUUGAGGAGACGGAGUCAUCGAUCGGUCAGCAAUGAUUCGAGCGAGGAGGCCGCGUGGUGCCCUCCGCAUGGAGUUUGGAGAUAUCUGGACCAGAAAGUCACCCGGGAAGUCUCGCACGCAUGAGAGACGUCAAUCACUGCCAAUUCUUUACAUUCUAAGAUCACAGCGCUACCGUCGAGGAUCUCAAGCUGCGACUUUGGUCCCCCGGGAAACCAGAAGCGGGAUGCUGACCGGAGAGAGCCUAAAAUAUCUCGCCGCUCCUCAAAUCGUCAUCGAAGCGCGCCGGGUGCGGACGCGCAUUCGCGAGAUUAAAUUGUAUUGCCAAAUAAAAUCCCUCUUUACGGCACGAUUUAAAUUAUCAUAAGUUAUCAGUCUCUUUCUGAAGCGAUUAAAUCGACGAUCGUCGCGUCACAUCUGCCGCGUCGAGACGCGCGUCGGGUGUCGCCGCGAGCGCAGUCGCGCGUGCACCGAAAACUAGAGAAAAAGAAACGAAUCGUAGCUUUCGCAAGGACAAUAAUGCAAACUGUCGGUGCCAAACGUAUUUCCUUUUCCUUUGCUUCUCUUCGGGAGCUUCGCGAGGCAGAACUCGCAACUGAAAUCGCACGCGCGUGCGCGCAGUACUCGUGGCACUCCGGACGAUCUCUCGAUGCGAGCGGAAUCAGCGCUAUAAUGUAGCGAGGAGAGUCGAAGCGGACGCGACGCGUAGUAAUUGGAUACGUGAUUUCGACCAGUUUCGACGGCAACGGGAUUUACCGUGCCGGGUGCUAAUCUCGAAUUUACAGUACGAAUUACAACGCGGAUCGCCGCUGAUUGGUCGAAAGCUCAUGAAGAAAUUCCCGAAUGUUGCGAGAGUUAACCGUCUUGCUUCGCUCCUUAUUGCUGCUGAUUUUUUUAUCAGUUUUGUUAGUUUUGCAUUUUGCUCUUGUAGAUAGUCACUCGAUCGUAAUCGUCGACGUGGUCAUUUUUUCUUUCGACGAAAGGAAGAAUUCUUCCGAAUUCUACAUGCGGAAAGCGUGGAAGACUUUUUCCUCUCGUGAUUUCUCUUCGACAUGUGCAUUAUUCGGAACGUACGCGAGCGGGGGAAUCGCUCGCCGAAGCAACUCGGAAAACGUCGCGAAAAACUCGGAAGCAGAAUACACACAAAAAUGAUACACACACACACACACACACACAUAUAUAUAUAUUUUGGUUAAUAUUCUCGUCAUACGCAUGGAAAUAAUAUAGAUAAAGAAGUACAUGGACAAAUAUAAUAAUUCAUAUAAGAUCUUCGUGCACUCUUCCGCUGAACAUCUCACGAGCGGUUCCCUGCCUCGGGCAUGAUCAACACUUAUCAAUUUGUAUCCGCGAGCGCGUUAAUCCUCCAACGCACAUCAAUGAAAUUGCUCGUCUCGUUCGAUCCAUACAAGGACGAUCCCGACAUUGCGAUAUGCAAUAUAUUAUGCGCGACGAUAUCGAAAAGCAACAGGGAGCAUGAGAGAGAUCGACGUCGUUGCAGCGCGCGCGACCGUCAACACGAGGGAAGCAGGAGACUUCAAGAAGAUUAAUCUUAUCGAGAGAUGCGAGAGAGAGAAAGAUAAAGGCAAAUAGCCAAGGAGAUGAGAAACGAGAAAUAACUAAAUUUUAAAUGUUCAGUGGCCAAAUAAAUUAAUUGAUACGCACGUAGAACAUAAAGAUACCGUACCUAUUGAGUAAGCCCGACUGACAAAUGCCGGGCACAAUUUGUGCAAGAGUAUGUGUGAGAAAAUGUGUAAGAAAGAACGAGAGAAAGAGAGAGGGAGGGAGGGAGAGAAAGAGAGAACGAAAGAAAAAGAUCGUACGACUGUGUGAUGCCUGCGCGGAGCGCGUGCAUGUGAGUGCAUCGCGAAGUAGGGUAUGCGAGUGUGCAAUUUUUUCCACGGGUAUUCCGAACCUGAAAGGUGAGGAAUCCAAGGGUAGUAGAGACAGAAGGAACACUGAGUUUGUAUAUUGUGCAAUUUUUUCAAUGUUUCAUUAUUUGUUACCAUGUUCACGAUUAAUUAUAAAUAAAUAUAUAUAUGUAGCAUUUACAGUUUUAGGAUAUAAUGGCCGUGGCGGCCGGACGUCUUUUUGAUAGCCAUAUUCGGAUAAUGUGGUCGCGGUUUGCGACAUCAUACCCCCCGAAACCCAACCCCCUCACUCACCCCAACCCCGAUCUUUUUUUCCGACGAGCGUGAUGUAGAACUAAACAAGUACGCGGGAGAGUACAAGAGAAGCGAAACGACCGCGCGAAACAGAGGAAGGAAGGGGAGAAAACGCGAUAUCUCGUCUUUGGCCUCGACGAUCUCUCGUUAAAUUCCACGCCGUCGAAACGAAAGUAACAGGAGAUAAUGGCUGCUACUUCGGUUCUUGUUAGGGGAUCAGGGUCCACGCAUAUAUUAUUUGCUCUCGAGCUCGUGCACCUCCAAACGCUGGGUUCGUAUUUAGGCACGUAGUGAUGGGCAAGGGGGUGACGAGUCGAAACCGCAAAGGGGGAGGACUCUGUCCCGCUGAAAGAUCUCUAUCGUGUCACGAGUAUUUCCGAUCGAGGUGACCGAUGAGUUCCGUAGAUGCAUCGCUAAACGAACGACGUUGUCUUAAAGCGAGGUCGGUAGCAAACGCGCGAUUGUGCGAAUAAUCGAGGAACGGGACGAGAAAGAGAGAGAGAAGUGCGGGUAUGUUGAAUAAAAAAGUAGCUAGACGUUUAGAUAGGUAGAUGGUUAGCAAAAUCGUUAGAUAGGCACUUAGAUAGACAGAUGAAUAGAUCGACGAACGAGGAUAGAGCGUGUGCGCCCAGGAGUGCUUGAGGCAGAUAGAAAGAGUAUUAUACAUACAUACAUAUGUACAUAUGUAUAUGUAUGUAUGUAUAUAUGUAUGUAGCUACAUGGUUAUACAUAGGUAUAGAGAUGUAAGUACCUAAGAAAAAAUUUUAAGGAAUAUUAGGAGAAGCAGUAUCGUUGUACGAGGUACGAUAAGUGAACAUAAGUGUUUUAUGAUACUCGCGUACAAGGAAAAAACGAGACAAACACUAAGAAAUAAAAAAAUAAAAGCAUACAUAAAAUUAAGUGGUAAUAAAAAAAUUAAAAAACACGCAGUACGAUUAUAAUUGUAUUAUUGUGGUCUAAGGUAUUUUCAGUCAUGUUGUAUAGUAAUUGUAAAUUACACGACUUUAAAAGAAAGAGAGAGGAUGCGAGGAUGCGAGAAUGCGAGAGAGAAAGAGAGAGCGUGAGAGAGAGAAAAGAUGAGAGUGACAGCAAGAGCAAGCGUAUGAAACAGCGCGAUUCGUGUUAGAUUAGCUUCGCGUAAAAAACAAGCAAAGAGAACGAAUCGAAAAGAAAAAGAAGUUUAACAAAACGAACAAGCAACAUCGAUCGAGUUGUGCGAAAUUUGUAUAAUAUAAAUGCCCCUUCUCCCCCCUCCUACCCGAGAUUUCGGUGCGAAAUGAGCGUAUUGCGAACGGAACGUGAGCUGAAAGAGAGAAGAGUGUGAAGAGCUCCCUUUUAUAAUAAUAAUAUUAAUGAUAAAUAACAAAUAUACUUGCGGCAACAGGGCACUGCGAUGAGCGCGACGCUGUAUAACUAACCACGGAAAUUUCAAAGAAACUUAUCCGUACGAGCUGGAAAGAAAAGAAUUUGAUGCUACUACUAUAAAGUUACGAGAAAGAAGAAGUAUUAAUGGUCGAUUUGAUACAAUUCAGGACGUCUGCAAUAUCGCCGCUAUAAUUUUUUUCUUGUGCGUUUCUUUUUUCUUCAGUAUUUAUCAUCAUUUUAUCGAUCUACCAGCAUUUUUCGUACACGAAAAACAUUUUUAUUUCUGUUACGAAUUAUGUUGAGUUUCUUUUUUUACAUUUUUCAUAUUUUCACAUCUAUAUUGGAAAUAUUGAGUUAUUUCUAAAGCCAGAUCAACUCAUCAAUUUAUUCAUUUUCAUUGCGGCGGACGUCAUGCAUUGUCAAAUAUGCAUUUAAAACGCUACACUGAUAACCGAACUGAUAGAAUUAAUAUUAUUUUUGGGGAAUUUCCUCGUUAGAAAAAAAAGAGUUAAAUAAAUAAUGAAGAAAAUGAAUACUACUGAUACAAGAUUUUAUGAGGAAAGACUUAAAAAGAACAGCGAGAGAGGGAGAAAGGAAAGAAAGACAGAGAGAGAAAGCGAGAGAGAAUGGGAGCGAAAGACGUGGAGAAAGAAAGCUGGAUAAAAAAAGCGAGAAAGAAAUGAUGAAAGUGAAUACGAAUACACAGGUGACAAUGAAUGAAUGCGAAUGAAACUAGAAUGAAAGUGCAUGAGAGAAAGAGAGAGAGAGAGAGAGACGAGAUGCGCAAGGGCGAAAGACAAAAGAAGAGAUGAUAUAACUUAUAUUUUUAAAAAGUGACCUUUGGCAUUUAAAGACUUGUAAAAAUCGUGCAACGAGUUAAAUAAACAAAAUCAAGGACGCAGUGUAUUAAGAGGCGUCCGUCCUUCUCCGUGUCUCUAUUUCAUGUACCAUGAUGUACAUAUAACAUGCAUAUAUACAUACAUAUACGCACACGUAUACACGUAUACGUACACAAUACACUCGUUGAAAUACUCGGGAACACAGGUGCGCGGCUUGCAAUUCCGAGACGUUUUCUAAACUAUGGUACCAUGGUACCAGCGUUUCUACAAACCAUUAAGCGCGCAUACAGUCACACAGAUACACAAUACGAGGUCCGCCGAGAUUAAGAAAGAAUCCGGAGACAGUCGAAUACACCCACACGUUCUGAUGUUCAGAACGAAAAAAGAAUAGAGGCACAGGGACAAACGAGAGACAGCGAGAGAAUUCGAAAAUCGAUUCGAGAGGAAAAAAGGGAUACAAAUGCGAUCCUUUAAAAACAACCAAAAAAAAACAAAAAGAAGUAGACUAAAGGAAACACAUCUCACAAGACACAGCCAAUCAGUAGACACCAACCGGGCGCGGGCGAUGAUUCUUGGGCCUAAGAACAAGCGCAGAGGCAAGAGAUUUUUGGUUGAUGCUCGAUUCCCGAGCUUCGAUCGCUCCCGAUCAGCGCGAAUAAAAUCUCCUCGAUUUCGAAUGCAAUUCCUGAUGCUUGCGCGAUGCAGAAGUCAAAGAUACACGCGGAUGAUGACGCGAAUGAGGGCAUCGGGGGUGAAAGCUCCUCCCUCGCAAGCGCGAGACGUCGGGCAUCGAAAAGGAGAACGGAAGGAAAUGAGCCAACGGACAGUCACCGCAGUCACAGUCACUAAUGUCAUCCAGCAACACAAUUCAUGGUAGGAUAUAGUAUUUUUAGGAAUUUUAUACAGGCAUGCGACGGCGUUCUAUGUUUUAGCCGGGAUUUACUGUCGAUGAUUAUUGACGUUUCUUCGUGUAUGUGUGUGUGUAUGUGUGACGUGAGACGUAUGCGUGCGAGUGCAACGAGUGUGCGACGGGAGGCGGUGCGAAUGAAAAUGUAUGCCGGGAUGAUUCUUGAGGGAGCGAAGAACGUUGCUGCAGCAGGAAGCGAGUGAGAAAGAACGAGAGGAAAGUCACGUGAAAGUGAGGGACAAGUGGAGAUCGGCGAAAAUCAUUUUUCCAGAGUUCUGUACCUCGUGUUGUGUAUACAUUUCUAUUUAUAUAACUGUGCAUAUUAAUAUAUUAUGAUAAUGUGAUCUUUAUUACGUAUGAUCUUGAGCACGCGGAGAGAUGUGGAGGAAAUCUUUAAGGAAGUAUUUUGUACUACGAGAUAAGACGUGCAAAAGGAAAGGAAACGGGAGAGUGCGAGAUGUGAAGCGAUAGGAAUUCUUGUAAAAUAUCGCAGCUUCUUUGCCGCUGAGGUACACGAUUGUAAUAAAGAACGCGCUUGCGCAGCCGUCGCUCCUUUCUCUUGGCGUCAUUUCUUCUUUUUCUUCGUCUUUUUCUUCUUCUCCGUAUAUUACCGCUUCUCGAGGUUUCCGUCGAGGUGGGCGACGACCGCCUGCAUACGUUAUUCUCCAGUAUUAUUUUUCUGCCAUACUUAUUCAGUAUAAGAGACGCGACAACGAAAACAUGUCAUUACGCUAGUGAGUUGUUGAAAACUCGUGUGCAUUCCGCCAUAAUUAACAAACGAGCUUUCCACUCGCGAUAUCUCACACUUUUUGCUCUGUAACACCUCAUCAUCAUCAUCUUCGAGAAGUCGCGAGACUAUCGAAUGGACCUUGAUGAAAAAACGGGCGUUCAUUCUGCAUUGCAUUUCGUGGGGCUCUCUACGAACGUUUUCCACUCUCCUUUCGGAAAGUAUCCGCUUCUGUACCCCAUACGGGGCAUCUUGCAUAAACCAAUGCUCCGUGCCAUGAAUUGAUUCGCACGUGUCGAUCGCAAAAGAUACGUGCACAAAAGCUUGAGCCUGUCAACUCGAAUCUUCUCGAUCAUGAUGCGGAUUGUACGUGUUUUUUUGAAUUUAGCCAUUCAGCGAGAGCCUCAUGCUACGGAGCGAAUGUCAGAUGUAUCAGCCAAAGGGAAAUCGCAUAGCCGCAACAGACGUCUCGCGGAGAGCGCGAAACGUGAACACGCGAAAACGUAUUGUAUACGAUUCUAGGAACCUGAUUGUCCCCGCGACGAUAAAAUGCAGACUACAUUUAAAAAAAAUGGAAAAUAACAAAAAAAAUUAAUUUUAAAAAAGGAGAAAAACGUGAGAGAGGAACAUCCUUCUGAAGUUGAGACUAAUCGCUCACCGCGACUGUCAAAGGUCGGAACACGCUGAUUUACUUCGAAGACUCGACGUUUUGUACAAGGUGUAGCGAGUACGCUCGUGUGACGGGCGCAGUAGGUGAUCACAUGUGAUAUUUGUAUUGGCUAUUAUAUAUAUAAAUAUAUAAAUAUAUAUAUAUGUAAAUGUAUAUUAUAUUAGAGUACUCCGUUAGGAUUUAUGGCUGGUAGUUAGAAAAAAAAGAAAGAGAGGAACAUAAAGGGGUGAGGUAGAAAAAGAAAGGGAGAGAGAAGAAAGACGGAAAAAGCGUCGAGCCCCAUGGAGAACGUCCCGCUGUGGGACGAGCUUACGCCUCGUGGAGAAAGCUGAGAGGAAAAACGGAGGAAACGGUCAGCUCCUCGCGGAAAUACACUGCUCACGCCUGAACUACGCCUAAUUGCGCUAUGCGCGGGCCUAUUUGCCGAUUUCGGGAAACGGUUCGCCAAUUCGGGUGGGAGAAAGUGCCGUCUGACAGAAACACGAAAGAAAUGAAAGCGUGACAGGCCGGAAAGUGGGCACGAGCUUUGAAAGGAAAUCAGCGCGAGUGCAGCUCGUCCGAAUUCACCGAAUGUGACCGUAAAUGAUCAUUAAAGUUAAUUCAGGUUUAAUUGAUUCUUGACUCAAACGUCUAGAAUUAGUUAUUCGUUUCUUUCCAGAGUAGAAGCGCGAAUCAGUUGACGUGACUGAGUUUAACUUUAGAGAUUCGUUUACGGAAACGAUCCGAUCAAAUUUUCACACGGGCGAAGCGCGUGUCACUGCAUCGACGAAUUCAUUAGCAUCAGGACGAUCGGUCUCCAAUUCACGCACGAGGGGAAGAAGAUAUCGCGAGGGACUCAACCUCCGAGAGCGGUGCCGUUUGGCAUUUUUUUCGAGAGGCGAAGUAGUUUCGCGAUGAAUUGAUUUUUUCUUCUUUUUUGCUUAUUUCUUUUCUUGCCUUCUAGUGCAAGACGUGUCGCUUUGCGACGCUUUUGUGCCGAUGCGCACGAGUUGUGAGAACGCCAGCGAAUAAAAAUCACGUGUUUCGGCCGUUUUUGAAUUCCUCACUUUCCUUCAGUUCCCCAGGACUGUCUGUCGUUAAAUUGGCAACUUUUAUCUGCUUUGCGUUCGGAGUCAAAGGGUUCUCACAGGUACGAAGGCGCGCGAGCUCGCGCUGCUCGUGUCGAACAUCAUUUUUCCUUUCUUUUUCCUUAGUUCGUUACGUUGCUUUCGCACUCAUCGACGGAGAACAGGGAAGCGACGCGAAGGAGAGAGAUUAGCAAGCGCCAGCGAUGCUUCGGCGAAAGUCUGCUAAGCUGUCUUGUGUGUGAGAAACACGCGCGAUAAAAGAGAGACACGUGCGCGAAUGCGAGAGUGUGACAAAGGUGCGUGAGUAUGUAAAAGAUGUACAAAACGAGGGAGAACAACCAACUGUAUGUAAUUGCUUGCGUAUGUGUGUGCAUAUGCGUGUGCGUGUACGUAUGCGCGCCCAAUUGCGUGCGUUAGAAAUCUUGAGUGAUGCGAGAAUCAAACUUUGUGCGAUUUCUUAGUGUUCGCCAGAAUUUUUAUAUAAAUUAUUUACUACGCAGAGUCUUUAUUAGAUAUUACCUUUAUAUUAAAAACGCUAUAGUUAAUAUUAUUAAUGUUAUUAUCAUUAUUAUUAUUAUUAUUAUUAUCAUUACGAUACUAUCGCUGUAUUGUUCUUUUCUAAUGUCGAUUGUACAAAAGCGGAGGAUGCCGUCUAAGUUUACAUGUUUAGCACGUAGAUCAUUUGUAGUGUUAUGUACACAUAUUAUGAUUGAUUGUUUAACUAAUUAUAUUUUAUAUAAUUAAGCGUAGCGCACGGGGACUGCUCUGCGUCACCGACGAGCUCCCCUUGUCUACAUUCGCGAUUGAAUCUUUAAUUCGAUGUGUGCACGCUGAAUCGCUGAAGCGGUCGACGAAGUGCGCCGUGGAGUGAGCGACAUUGAUCAGCGCGGAUUCCGCGUCCGCGGUUGAACACGCGAGCGCGCGAGUUCAACGACAGAACCGUAUCAUCCCUCGGCGAGAGACGCGACGCCGGACGCGGCGGAUUUCCGUCGUGGCGCGAGGGUGGAAAUUUUAUUUUUAUUAUUUUCAGAGCCCAUUCUCGCGCGCGCCGCGCGCGUGCACUCUCGCCGAGGAGAUCCCGCGCGCGUCAACUUCGCUCCGAUGGGGAGUGCCGACCGACCAAAAUGAUCGGAUCCCGAGGGAUCCCUCACUCGCACGAGCGCGCCGCGUUUCGUCGAUUGUUGUAAUUGUUGUCCGCCUAGAGAUUUUUGCGUUGUCGAAAAGCGCACGCUUCUUCUUCGGCUAUUGGAGCGACCGGGCCGGCCGCGCUUUGUAAAUAAUUCAUUAAUAAACAUGUUUCUCAUCGUG